UUUCCCUGCCCCUUUCCUGACCUCAUCAGAAGGAGGAGCUUAGCGUCCAGACUUUCUCCUACCUGUGUGUCCCUGAUCAUGGCAACUCCUGGCCCACUGACUCCUGGAGUACCCUUUGACCCAUCGCAGCCCCCAGCCAUUGAGGGCUUUAACCCCACUGUCUCCAGCGACCCAGAAGGCUUCAGGGAAAAAUUCCUUCGCAAGACUCGUGAGAACCCAAUGGUACCCAUAGGCUGCCUGGGCACUGCGGCCGCCCUCACCUACGGCCUCUACUGCUUCCACCGAGGCCACAGCCAGCGCUCCCAGUUCAUGAUGCGCACCCGGAUAGCUGCCCAGGGCUUCACGGUCGCAGCCAUCUUGUUCGGUUUAGCUGCAUCUGCUUUGAAGUCUCGACCCUGAGCUCACCACCAGGGCAUAGCAGCUCCGCAGAGGUCAUUCCCAAACCCAGGAGCAAGCACCAGCCAUGCCAAGAGACUUAUUCCGUCCUUUGACAUGCUUCUGUGUUAUUGUGUAACUGAUAGAGAUUUUUCAGAAAUCCAGACAUGGUUGGUUCAGUUUAGGUGUUGCAUACUUCUAUUUGUGCCCCACCUCUUCCACUCCCUGUGUAAUAAAAUAUAGUCCACUUGUA